AUGACAUGCUGCGAGGGGUGGACAUCCUGCAAUGGCUUCAGCCUGCUCAUUCUGGUCAUUCUAGGAGUGGUUAUUAAUUGUAUACCUCUGGGUAUGAGCUUAGUGGAGGGCGACUCGGCGUCCCCAAACCCCAUCUCUUGCUAUGAGUGGUGGUUCCCGGGGAUUAUUGGAGCAGGCGUGAUGGCCAUCCCAGCAACAACAAUGUCAUUGGCCUCCAGGAAAAGAGCAUGCUGCAAUAACAAGACAGGGAUGUUCCUCUCGUCGCUCUUGAGUGUCAUCACAAUCGUCGGGGCUGUGUACUGCAUGCUGGUGUCACUCCAGGCUCUCGCGGAAGGUCCCCUCAUUUGUAACUCCCAAGCCAACAACAGUACUGUCUCUUGUGAGUUUUCGUUGAGAAACUUAAGUAACUUCCAGCCUGAAUCCUUCAGUCUCCAGUGGUUCUUCGAAAAAUCUUGUGUUUCUCCUGAUUCUAAUAACUCCACCUCCAAUGACAUAUUCAAUAACUGGAGCGUUCCCAGCUCUAACUCUGAAGAAGACAGACACAGGAUUUUCCACUUCUCAGUAUUUCUGAGUCUCCUGCUUGUCGGAAUCCUCGAGCUCCUGUUUGGGCUCAGUCAGAUUCUCAUUGGUUUUCUUGGCUGUCUGUGUGGUGGUGUCUCUAGGCGAAGGAGUCGAGUUGUGUAGCUUAAAGGCUAAUAAACUAGAAUAUCAGUACUUUGAAUUUGAAAAUCGCAUUUCAAAUAUAUGCUUUUAUAAGUUCAAUAAUGGAGCUUCAUCUGGAACGCUGAGUGGUUUUAGUUGUUUUUGAAACCAUCUCUGAAGCAACUUAAAAAAAAAUCAACCUAUCAAGCUGGACCAUGGUGGCACAUGCCUUUAAUCCCCAGCACUCAGAGGCAGA